UUGGCAUGAUGAGUUUAAGGUUCCAUUUCUAUAUCUUGGUUUUGUAUUUAUGCAUUAUCAUCCCAACCCAAUGCCUUGGUAACAUCUGCCUGCCAAAGGAACAUGUUGCCUUAUUCAUUUUCGGGGAUUCAAUACUUGAUGCUGGAAACAACAAUUAUAUCAAUACCACUACUGAUCUCCAGGCAAAUUUCUGGCCUUAUAGGGAGACAUUCUUUAAGUAUUCCACUGGGAGACCUGAUGAUGGCCGUCUAAUUCCAGAUUUCAUUGCUGAGUAUGCAAACUUGCCGCUAAUUCCUCCAUAUCUACAUCCUGGUUAUAAUCGGUACAUUGAUGGGGCUAACUUCGCAUCAGCAGGAUCUGGUGCUCUUGAUGAAACUCGUCCAGGAUUGGUGAUAGACCUAAACACUCAACUUAAGUAUUUCAAGAACAUGGAGACUCAAUUGAGGCAAAAACUAGGUGAAAAAGAAGUCAAGGAACUCCUAUUUAAAGCUGUUUACUUAAUUAGCAUUGGGAACAAUGAUUACCUUUUCCCCUUUACCUCAAACUCUAGUGUGCUUCAAUCCUACUCUCGAGAAGAAUACGUCAAUAUGGUAAUUGGCAACUUGACAACAGUGAUCAAGGAAAUAUAUAAAAAAGGAGGAAGAAAAUAUGCGUUCCUAGGCUUGCCACCUUUGGGUUGUAUUCCGUUUGCAAAAGCACUAAAACCAGGAAACACCGAUGUAUGCAUGGAGGAAAUUACAGAACUUGUAAAACUACAUAAUAAAGCACUUUCUAAAGUCCUUCCGAAGCUACAGAGUGAGCUGAAAGGAUUUAAAUAUUCAAUAGCCGAUUUAUACACUUUUCUUAGUGAAAGAAUUGAUAAUCCUUCAAAAUAUGGUUUUACGGAAGGGAAUAUUGCAUGUUGUGGAAGUGGUCCAUAUAGGGGACUCCCAAGUUGCGGAGGAAAGAGAUCAAUCGGUUCUGAGUAUGAAAUAUGUAGGAAAUCUAGUGACUAUGUGUUCUUUGACGCUGGUCAUCCUACUGAGAAGGCCUACCAGCAAUUAUCAGAGCUAAUUUGGAGUGGAGCUCUCAAUGUCAUAGAACCUUACAAUCUCAAAGCAUUGUUUGAACACUAAUGUAUUUAGAUUUAAUAAAUGA